AUGUUCGGCCGCGACGCCCCGAGGCGUAGCGCGCGCCUAUCGCCGCCCGGCGCCGGCGCUCCCAGCGGCGCCGCAGUCGCCAAGGGAGACAUCGCGCCCGUCGCAAAGGAGCCUGAUUUCAGGACGCCCGGAAAGAGCCUCGCCAAUCGUGCCCCGUGGAGGUCCCCAGGUGCCGCGCUUCGCGACCGCGACCGCGAGAAUAACUACGUCAGCGCGAGGAAGAAGGCGGUGAGGAAGCUUUCGGCCAGAAGCCCCGCGACGGCGGCGAUGGCGAGCGGCGCCAAACGCAACGGCCGGCCCAGAUUCACCCCCGCCGAGAUGAGGACCCCUUCCGUCACCCCGUCCAAGAACCCGUCGACCGAGGACGACGACGACCACGACGACCGCGAAGACGAUACGAAGACGACGACGACGGAGGAGCCGCGACAGGAGCGCACCCCGCUCGCGGACCUCGCGUCCGUCCCAAUCACCACCGUCCUCCUCACCCCGCCCUCCACGAGGUCCAGGUCACGAGCCGCCGAGGCGGACAACGCGAAAGCCGCGGCGGCGAGCCAGGCGGACGCCAAAGCCGCCAUGCCCCCGCCCCCGCCAAAACCGCGCGUCUCGCCGCUGGCAAACGUCACGACGAACCCGUUCCUGGACGACGAGGCGACGAUGAAGGUUCCGGCGCUGGCGCCGUACAACGCGGCGUUUGAGGCGCUGCAGAUGGGAACCGCGUCCCAGGCGUUUACCAGGGAUGACGACGAACACGACGACGACGACGACGACGACGACGACGACGACGACGCCGAGGCGGAGGAGCCGGCGGGUCAGCGCGACGCGGAGCCCUCUGCGUCCCCGGCGCUGAGCCUCUUCGCGCCCACGGAGGUUGGCGACGACUCUGUGCUCAUCGCGGACGAUGACGCGAAUGGCUCCUUUUUCGGCGGGGACCGAUCGAUGGACGACCAAUCGAUGAACCUCGAGAACGGGGACGAUGAUCUCCCGACGCCCACCACGACCUCCGCCUUUGACGCCGCGCUCGACAUCGCCGCCGCGACGGUCGCCAUACCGGCGUUCUCCGCGGUCACGCCAGGCGAGCCCGCGUCGAAGACCCCGGCGAGGACGCCCUCGCGGGAUAUUCUCAACCCCAACCGCGGGGAAAUCUCGGCGAAUGAAAUCUCCACCGGGUUCCUCGGUCCCGCCGCGCUCGUCGCGGCGGGAUCUACGCUGAAGGAGAUGCUCGCCGAGGCGGCCGAGCUCGCGGCUCCCGACGACGACGCCGAGGAGGACCCGACGCUCGGCCCGACGCUCGGACAGCCGGCGGCUGAUCCCGACGCCGAGAGUUCGCGCCUAGGAGGAGGGCAAUCGGAGUCCCCGGGCGGUCGAGUUCCCGCGGGCGCCGUGCUCGACGCCAUCGCGCACCCUCACACGCAUCAGCCGCCGUCUUCGGAAUCGGCCGCCGUCUUCGCGGCGUCUCCCAUCGCGGCGUUGUCCCCGCCGACGCUGGAGCCGGCGCCGGCGCCGAUGGAAGAAGACGACGCGUCGUUCGCUAAAAACGCCUUUGACGAGAGCCCGCCGCGGUCGCAGCCGGCCGCGACGCCGUCGCCGGUGCGAAGGUCCCCACGGCUCGCCGCGAUGCGGACGGCUUCUGUUUUCACGCCGGCUUCCCCCGCGGUUGUCGAGACGGACGCGGCUCCCACCGCCGCCGAGCGAAGAGCCGCGGAACUCCAGGCGCUCGUGGAGCGUCAGGCGGUGGAGCUGCUGGAGCAACGCGAGGCUCUGGAGCGCCAGCGAAUGAUGAUGAGGUCCGAGGCUUCGAGGCAGGCGGCGCAGCUCGAGGCCCAACGCGAGGCGAUGAUGAACCAGAAGCGGCAGAUGGAGAACGAGGCGGCGUUGGCGUUUCAGAGGGCGGAGGCGGCGGCGCGGGAGCAGGCGCGAAUGCGAGCGGAGUUCCAGGCGCAACUCGAGGCGCGCCGCGCGGAGGAGGACGCCACGCGCGCCAGGCUCGCGGCCAUGGCAUCGGAGGCGGCCGCAGCGAAGGAAGAGGCGGCGAGGGCCGCGCGAGCCGCGGCGGAGGCGGCGGAGGCGGCGAGGCGCCAACCGCCUGCGGCGAGUCCCCUUCCCCUCGGCGCGGUAAAGUCGGUUGAGGAUGAGCUUCGCGCGUGCCGCGAGGAGCUGGCCAGGCGGAGCGCGGAGUCGGCGGCGGUGUCGCAGCGCAUGCAGACGCUUCAGCGGGAGGAGACGGAGCUGUUCAACCGCGCGGCCGAGCUGCAGAGGAGGAUGCUCGAGAUGGUGAUCAAGGGGAAUCCGAAGAUAUCCCCCGCGGCGGCGGCGGCGCUCGCGCAACCGCUGAUCUCAUCCGUCUCUUCCGGAGCCGCUUCUGGAGCGUCCGCGAUGCCGCCGCCGCCGGCGAGGAUGAUGGACAUGGACCUGUCCCUGGCGCGCCCCGUUGAGGUCGUCGACACCAUCGCCGCCGCCGCGGAGAUGAUGCUCCAGCCCCGGCAGCCGAUGACGUCGAUGAACAACUCUCCCGCGAUGGUGUCGAUGGAUUCUCUCGCCGCCGCCGCCGCCACGCCGGGUACGCGCGGGCCGGCACCGUCCCUCGCACCCCUCGCGUCCAUGAGCGCGGGCGUCGCACGGGCCAUGGAGGCGGCCGUCGCCCCGUCCGUGGUGGACGAGGACGGGUUCAUAGUCAUGGACUACGCCGCCGCGGGGGCGUCGAUGCCCAUCGCCGACGCGGCAAAAAUCGGAAACGACGGCAACGGCGUCUUCAUGACGCCAGCGAUCACCCCUCCCGCCGCGCGGGCGCUCGAGAUGGCGGCGGCCGCGGCGGAUACGUGUCCCGCGCUGGUCAUGACCCCGACGUCCGCGUCCAAGCGGGGCGGCAGCGUCGGGAACCCCGCCGCCGCGGGUAUCGCCACCCGCAGAAACGCUUUGCAAAUCUUGGAACUGCGCAAGGAGGUUGUUAACCUCCAGUUCCUCGGGGGACACGAAAGCGGGACGAGCGCGGGGAUGCUGAUGGCGGCGACCAAAGACGGCGCCGUCCGUCUCUUCGCUCCGGGAUCCAGGCGCGCGGCCGCCAUGAUCCGGGGACCCAAGCAAGGCCUCGCCGCCGCCGUCGCCGUCGGCACCGAGGCUUUCAUCGCCGCCGCGGGUAGAGAUGCGCACGUCGCGCGACACGACCUCGCCACCGGCCGCGAGCUGGGCAUCCUUCUCCCUUCCAUCGACGACGGCAUCUCUUCUGGAGGGAGCGGACCCGAGCUCACGUGUAUCCGGGGCGGGGGCGCGACGGGCGGGCCGGUCGUCGUCGCCGCGGGCGAGGGGGGCGACGUUUACCUGUGGGACGUUCGCGCGGCGCCGAGGGUGGCGAGCCGACGAGCGUCCGGCGUCGGCGGCGCGGCGACGCCGGCGAUGACCAUGCACGUCCCCGGCGCCUCGCGCACGCUCUCCCUCUCCCUCAGCGACGCGCUCGGCGGCGGUGCUCACGGCACCGCCCCCGCGUCCCUCGCGUUGGUCGCGUCCAACGGGGGCCGGGUCUUUGACCUACGAGCGCCGGGACGGCCGGCGAGGCUCGCGCCGGCGGAGGCGGGUCAGCGCUGGGUCGCGUGCGCGCACGCGGGGCGCUCCGACGACGUACUCACGCUCAGCUCGCAGGGCGACCUCGCGACGUGGCGGCCGAUGGGUGGUGGGUCGGGCGGGUUCAACUAUCGGAUCGCCGGGCCCGUCCUGCGCGAGGUCGCCUCUGCAAACUCUGCGAGGGCGGUGCUGUCGACGUCUGGCCCGAUCGGCGGCGUGGAUGUCGACGGCGUCAUGGCGCUGACGACGACGGGGGAGACCGGUGACGGGUUCAGGGUGUUCGACGCUUCCACCGGUGACGUCGUCGCCGAGUGGGGCGGCGACGGCGAGCGAACAGACGCCGGGGUCGGCGCGACGGCCGGGUUCGGCCGGGGUUGGCGUCGGUCGGAACGCGACGAGCCGCGCCCGUCGAUCACCGCCGCCGGGUGGGGAUGCGGGGCACUGGACGGGGCGUUCGGGGGGUCGUCGUUCGCGGUUGGCACGAGCGACGGCGUCGUGCGCGUGUACGGACCGGGCGCGUGA